CCCUGGAAGGGCGGGUUGUCACUGGCAGCCGCCGCGCAUGCGCCCGAUUGAAGAGGGGGCGAAGAUGUCGGUGUUGGACCUGUACAAACAUCGGGACUGAGUGCUGGCGGAGGGGGUGAACUGGAACGUGGUUACAGCUAAGUAAAUGGAGUGAAGCAGCCAUGGGCAGUCUCAAUGAUCCAGAAGAUACAUACAUUGCAGUGAUUCGUCCUAAGAAUGCUGCUAGUUUGAAUUCCCGUGACUAUCGAACAAAGUCAUAUGAAAUUCUGCUGCUAGAGUUGCAAAAUGAAGGCAAUGAAAAAAAGAGGAAGAAAGUUUUAUUGCAAACAAAACUGAAAAGAGAUGAAAAUAAAGGGCAAGACAUACUCGACUUUGUAGUUGAAGCCACCAAGCUUACAUUUCCGAACAACCAAGGAGUCAAAGGUAAACGUGUGGUGCGGAUCAAAGAAUUCCCUGUUCACGGAGAGAAUGUUUGCAGAUCAGCUUCACUUUACGUUGUGCCAGCAGCAAUUAAAGAUAAUAGCAAGAUAUCCUAUUGCCUUGGAGCACCAGGUUUUUACUGCUUCCAGGAUAUUAUGCGUGUGUGUAGUGAAACCAGUAAUCAUUUUUCUACCCUCAGUGCGAAAAUGUUGAUUGCCUUGGACAAGUGGUUGGCAGAGCAACACACCAUCUCCCAUGCCAUUCCAGGUCUUUUUAGGCCAUCUCCUCUUGACAGAAUCAAGUCUUGUGUUGCAAACCCUGCUUAUGUCAAUGAAAUGGAUCAAUGUGAAAAUACAUUGCAUGUGGGCUACACUGCUCUGGAAAUUAAAAGCAAAAUGAUGGCACUGGAGAAGGCUGAUCUCUGUAUCUACAAUCCUCUUUUUGGAUCCGAUCUGCAGUACACAAAUAGGGUAGAUAAAGUGGUUAUAAACCCAUACUUUGGUCUGGGAGCUCCUGAUUAUUCCAAGAUACAGAUUCCAAAGCGUGAAAAAUGGCAGCGCAGCAUGAGUAGUAUCAUGGAGGACAAGGAUCGACAAUGGGUGGAUGAUUUUCCCCUGCAUCGCAGUGCCUGUGAAGGUGAUACAGAGUUAUUGAGCAAGCUUCUGGAUAGCGGCUUUUCAGUUAAUCAGUUAGACAGUGAUCAUUGGGCUCCUAUUCAUUAUGCUUGUUGGUAUGGAAAGGUUGAAGCUACUCGGUUCUUAUUAGAAAAGGGAAAGUGUAAUCCCAAUCUUCUAAAUGGACAACUCAGUUCCCCGCUACAUUUUGCAGCAGGUGGAGGACGUGCAGAGAUUGUGCAGCUUCUACUGCAGCAUCCAGAGAUUGAUCGGCAUAUUGUGGAUCAGCAAGGCAGGACAUCAUUGCAGGUCUGCAAAGAAAACAAACAGAACGAUUGGGAAGCAACAGUACAACUUCUUACUGAUGCACUGAAUAAGCCAUAUGAGAAAGUUAGGAUUUAUCGUACUGAUGGGUCAUAUCGUGCUGUUGAACUGAGGCAUGGAAACAAUACGACAGUGCAGCAGAUUAUGGAAGGCAUGCGGCUUUCACAGGAGACACAACAGUACUUUACCAUCUGGAUCUGCUCUGAGAACCUCAGUUUGCAACUGAAGCCAUACCAUAAAUCACUUCAGCACCUGCGAGACUGGCCAGAAAUUGUUAUGGAAUUAACAUGCCUUGAUCCACACUUGGAAAAGCCACAACUUUUUCUGCGCAGGGAUGUACGACUUCAGCUAGAAACUGAGAAGAAGGUGGACGAUCCAUUGGCUAUCCUCAUUCUAUUUGAUGAGGCACGCAGUAACCUGUUGAAAGGAUUAUAUCCGUGUGCUGACAGUCAGUUGAUAAUUUUGGCUGGUCUUCUCCUUCAAAUCAUCUAUGGAAAUUAUGACAGUAAAAAACAUAAGCAAGGGUUCCUCAAUGAGGAAAAUCUCAAAUGUAUAUUACCAUGCACCAAACUGAAAAGCAAGGGCCCACAUUGGAUUGGUAGGAUUCUACAGGAGUACAAGGGCCUAAGCAGCCGUGAAGGGAUCAGUAAGGAGAUGCACCAUCUUCAACGCCUCUUCCUGCAAAUUUGCUGGGAAUUUCCAACAUAUGGAGCAGCCUUUUUCACAGGACAAAUAUAUACCAAAGCUAGUUCAAGUGGUCAUAAAGUUGUCAAGGUCUACGUAGGUGUAAACACAAGAGGUCUGCACUUGCUAAAUAUGGAAACUAAGGCUCUGCUGAUUAGCCUUAAGUACGGCUCCCUCAUGUGGCAGUUAGGUGAAGCAGAUGCCUACUUUCAAAUCCACAGUUUGGAAAAUAAAAUGAGUCUUGUUGUACACACAAAGCAGGCUGGUCUAAUUGUGAAGUUACUGAUGAAACUAAGUGGCCAACUGAGUGUAAAUGAAAGAAAUUUGACAGAAAGACAUGGAUAUGGGUAACCAUUAAUUACCAGUACGGGUUAUCUUGAGCAUGUAUUCUUGAUGUCCUAAUGUGGUUUGGUUUAUAAAAACUUAAGAACAAAAACUGCCAUUGUCACUGUGGAUAUUUUUUAAAUGUAUAUUUGUAUGAUACUGAAGCAUCACAUAUACUGUAUUUCUCUUCCAUAUGUCUGUUGCUUUACCAAAUGCUUGAUAUAUAUCAACUGUUUAUUAGAUAUUUUUAUUGCUUAAUUUUGCUAAAGAAAUAAGCUUUGUUCAGAAAGUGGAACAGAUGCCAUCUACAAAGUAUGCAUUGCUGUAAUAACUCCGCUGUUCAGUACCUUUUUAUAGAAAGUUUAGAAAUAUGUUGUAACAUUAAUGUCUCCAUGCAAUUUGUUAUAAAAUAAAAGAGGACUUUAAAAUUGUU